UUGGAGCCGCAAGUCAAAUUCUCCCUCACAGGCAUCACACCACCGCCAUCAUCAUCAUACAGAUUAUUCUCCCUGUUCAUUUGUCUUUUCAAUCUUUUUGAUACAAACCUAUACAUAUAGAUCCUGUAUCUAUUUAUUUAUGAAUAUACAACUUCUCACCUAUAUAUAUAUAUGCUUAAUCCAAACUAUAAUAUAAAUCAAUCAUCGUAUAUCCAAGCUUGACUUCAUGACUCAAAUGUACUAAACAGUCUCAAGCUAAACAAACUUGCUUCCAAGAUGGAGAAAUGGGCACAUACACUAUCGAUUUUCAUCGUUCUGAUCGUACUUCUACAACUAGUAUCACAAAUAGAUGGUGAAGCCAGAACCCGAAUUAUUAAAAUGAGUUGUGAUCACGAAAGAGAGAACAAUCAAACACAAUUCAUACCAAACUUUGUCCAGAUGAUGGGAGUCAUUGGAACCAUAAUGCGAAGCUCACUUAACGGAACAGCACUUGUGGGUACAGGAGCCGAUAGUAACUAUGGGCUCGCCCAAUGUUACGGUGAUCUAACUUUUGAAGAUUGCAUCUUGUGUUAUGCUGAAGCUCGUACGGUUCUUCCCAGUUGCUUUCCCAACAAUGGUGGACGAAUUUUUCUUGAUGGUUGCUUUAUGAGAGUUCAGAACUAUAGCUUUUAUAAGGAGUAUACAGGGCCUAAUGACACUUUUAUUUGUGGCAAUACGACAACGAAAAGUGGAUUGUUUCAAGAUACGGUUAAGCAGGCAGUGUCAAAUGCUGUGACGUAUAUAUCAAGAAACAAUGAAUACUUUGCUAGGGAACAAAUGCUAGUGUCUGGUAGUGGGAACGAGUCGGUGUAUGUUCUUGCAGACUGCUGGAAGACUUUGAGCCCGAGCUCUUGUAGGGCGUGUUUGGAAAAUGCAUCUGCGACAAUAUCAAAAUGCUUUCCCUGGUCAGAGGGCCGUGUACUGAACACCGGAUGUUUCAUGCGGUACUCUGAUACCAAUUUUCUCAACCCUAUACCGGUUGCAAGCACUGGCAAUAGAGGAAAGAUAAUAGCUAUUGUUGUUUCAAUUGUUAGUUCUGUGGCGGUUCUCACAGUUGCUUUGAUGAUUACUUUAUAUAUCUGGAAACACAGAUAUGUACAGAAGAAGAGAAAAGGUUCUUAUGAUGCCAAGAAACUGGCAAAGAUGCUUAAAGACAGUAGCUUGAACUUCAAAUACUCGACUCUUGAGAAAGCCACAGAAAACUGGGAUGAGUCUAAUAAGCUUGGGCAAGGAGGAUUUGGGACUGUCUAUAAGGGGGUCCUUAAAGAUGGACGAGAAAUAGCUGUAAAGAGGCUCUUCUUCAACAACAGAUUCAGAGCAGCUGAUUUCUAUAAUGAAGUUAACAUGAUUAGCAGUGUUGAACACAAAAAUCUGGUCAGACUGUUAGGAUGCAGCUGUUCAGGACCUGAAAGCAUUCUUGUAUAUGAAUAUUUACCCAACAUGAGUCUUGAUCGCUUCAUUUUCGAUGCAAUUAAAGGCAAGGCCCUAAACUGGGGAAAGAGAUAUGAUAUCAUCAUUGGUACAGCAGAAGGCCUGGUUUACCUUCAUGAGAAUACCAAAAACAGGAUAAUUCACAGGGAUAUUAAAGCUGCUAAUAUCUUAUUAGACUUGAGGCUUCGAGCUAAAAUAGCUGACUUUGGGUUGGCCAGAUCUUUUCAAGAUGAUAAGAGCCACAUCAGCACCGCCAUUGCGGGAACACUGGGAUACAUGGCACCCGAGUACCUUGCCCAUGGUCAGUUGACUGAAAAGGCUGAUGUCUAUAGCUUUGGCGUGUUAUUGUUGGAGAUCGUCACUGGUAUGGAAAACAACAAAAGCAAGACCAUGGAAUAUACCGACAGCUUAGUUGCUAUUGCAUGGAGACAUUUCCAGGAAGAUACGGUGCAUGAAAUUGUCGAUCCAAACCUUAUGAUGCAUCUUUAUCCUAAUAGCAAUCAGCAAAAAGAGGCUAUCAAAGUGGUACAAGUGGGACUUCUUUGCAGCCAAGAAGAUCCAUCUUUAAGGCCAUCCAUGUCAACGGUACUUAUAAUGUUAGCAAAAGAUGACGAACCUCUUCCUACCCCCUCAAAUCCCCCUUUUAUAGACGAGAAAACCAUGGAACUCAACGAAAUCACACAAAAGUUGCAUUAUUAUUUUAACCGGGAGGAUUCUGGUUCAGUUGCCACUGUUGAUCACACUCAAUUUUUCCCAAGGUAAUGUUAGUCAUGAAAAAUCAACAAACCACAUUUAGGAUGCAAAAGCGUUGAAAGCAACCAACAUGGUUGUAAUCAGAAAGUAGUGCAGAGAUCUUGUCUACGAAAGGAGGUUCACAAUUCUUUGUAUUCUAUCUCAAAUUUUGAUUUGCUUACAUUUCUUCACAUUAUUUGUGUGUCCGAGCUUUCGGUUUGUAGAAAAGGAUACUGACCGCGUUUCUGAAGACAUGGAAUAUAUAGGUAUUAUUUUUUGUAUAUUGUAUAAGAAGAUAAGGCCAUUAGUAUAAUUCCUAGCUCAAAAAUGACUAUGAUGUCAGUAUGUCACGGUAGCUAUGGAUCAGUGUUGUCUUUAUGAAUCCACUGCAUACAUAACUAUAAGGUUAUAUUAGUGCAGAUGUUCUUCAAAUCGAUAUUUUUGUUUUGAAGGCUUGAAAAUGGUUAGUUACUCGUAA